CUCUCGAGUCAUUCAAACUGCGCAUGUUUGGUCAACUCGGUAAAAAAUUCGAAUCCUCACCUAUCCAUAUUUCUGUGAUUGCUACAUGGUUGCCAUCAUUGCUGCUCUGGCAGCCACUCUGUACAUCACUGGGACAAUCGUCUGGUCUCUAGCAUUCUUUUCGACAUUUGAUGACCGGUUCAUACAAUCUGUACCACGAUACAAACUGGUGACCGAACCAGUUACGUCUGCGUUUGCAGAGAAUCCACUUCAUGUCAUGGCUAUUAAGUUCGUAUUCAUGGUCAUGACCAAAGCCUUUGGUGGAUUUCGUUACAGCUUGGCACAUUUAGCAUAUUACAUCGAUAUCUUAAACACUAUUGCAGCAUUUGCUGUCUUAUGGGAGCAGAUUCAAUCCAAACCCUAUUACGAGAAAGAACUCGCUACUAGGUUUGCCAAUGAUAAUACUGGCAUUCCUGACAUCACGAGUUUGCGCCAGAUUAAAAGACUCAUUCACCCUGUGCUGAAAAACGACGGUAUCAUCCUCGAAAGAUGAUGCUCGAUGUUUAUACUGCUGUUGAGAAACCUCCUGGUCUUCGUCCUGUCUUGAUCCACAUUCAUGGCGGCGCAUGGAGAAUGGGGUCCAAAAACCAUCUAUACCCGUACGAAAACGAUCUUAUUACCGAAGAAAAAUGGAUUGUUGUCAACAUUGCGUAUCGUUUGGCACCCAUUAAUGCAUACCCCACACACCUCAAAGACGUUAAGCGCGCCAUACGCUGGGUCAAACAGUGCAUCAAUAACUUUGGCGGAGACCCGAAUUUCAUCGUUCUUGCUGGUAAAUUUGGCUAAAGCCGUAAGGAAA